AUGUUCUCGCUAUUCCUCGCCGCGGUCGCUUUCUCCGCGGCGUUCAUCGCGCCUCGAACGGCCGUGGCGUUCUCGUGCGACAGCGCUGACGGCGAUCCGACGGCGGCGGCGCGCGCGCUCUCGGACGAAGCGUUCGAUAUACUAGGCGGUGACGGAUGGCGACGGGACGAAGGCGUUUUUCACUUUACGCACGACCACGACGCUGAACUCGCGGCGCUAGAGGAGACGGGGACCAAUUGGAACGGCAUCGGGAACCCGGCGAUGAUCUACGCGCGUCCAUCGUUCUCGGGCGGCAUCUCGCCCGUCUUUCGCCUCGGCCCCUCGGACGCGCUCGUGAUGACGUUCUGCGCUCCCCCGCCGUCUAGGUACUUCUCGGCGAGCACGUACGUUUGGCGACGAAGAGGUCGGGUCGUGUCCGCGACCGCCGGUAAUAACCGCGUCAACAUGCUCACGCUGAGGAACUCGACGUGGAAUCAUGCGUGCGAUGCAGAGCUGUUCAUGGGCGAACGAUGUCCGGUGUUCUCGAAACCUAUAGUCCUCGUCUCGACGAAAGACGAGCUGACGUUUGAAAGGGUCUCUGAGGCCUUCCUCACGGCGGGAAUCGACGAGGUCGCGUUAAACGUCGAAGAGCUCGCUCCCGAUCGAAUCAUGGAUUCGGAUCAGCUUACCUUUUCAUUUCGAAGCGCGAUGUGGCCCGGGAACGAUGCCCUCGGUGAGUACUCGAAGCUUCGGUGGAACAGCGUGUUCAUCGCUCGAGCGCCGAGGAACUUUCGCGGUCGGCUCUUCGCUUUAAAGCCGCAACCCUCGCCAUCGAGGCUGAUGCACGACGAGCGCCACUUGCAGAGCUCUUUGUACAGACGCGCGGAGCAGCUCAAGCGGGUCCUUGUUGAUUCCGGGCUAAAGUACAUGCAAACGGGGAAAAUAUCUACAGUGAACGUCGACCGAGACAGGUGUUUAACUUCGCGGUCGUACUCUCCUUUCCGAACCGGGGCCGCGCGACAGAUACGCAUUCAAUCCGCGUGCUUCGGGGAGACAUCGGACUGCGCGUACGGUAUCAGUGAUUUAGCCCUGCCUGACCGACCGUUCGUCGCGCUCUUCGUCGGCGUCAAUCACGUCGCAAAGAAGAACGCGAUGUUCAGCAACAUCGCGGCGUAUCAAAGCGGUGGUGCCACGAGUUUCAUCUCCGCCGCGAACGUUCGAGUCGUGUCAUCCGUUGACGACCGCGCGUGGGGUACCGACCUCGUGUACGCGCACGCGUUCGCAAGCGGAGGACUCUGUCGUUAUUUCGCAAAGGGCUGGAAGACGGCGUGCACGGAAGUUCCUUCGAACGGCCAGGAAUCGUUCUUCAUCACUCGCGAUUACUUGGACCCGAACAGCGCGACGGCACCGAACAGCGACGAGAUGAUCAACCCGAUGAUUUUAUACUUCGCGUCGUAG